CGCCUCUAACUUGGCAAGUAAGCAAGUCAUCAGCCACCAAACAGGUCAGCUAGGCGAGGCGGUUAGGCCAGCGUCUUGUGUGCCCAAGAAGGCAACAACUCGAGAGAACUCAGACAGACCUCGCCCUCCUCCUCCUCCUCCUCCGGCGAAUCCCGCGCUGGUUCCGGGAUGUCGACGGAACUCCUGACGAAAUUCCUCACGUUGCUGUUCGGAUACGCGAUGCCGGCGCUGGAGUGCUUCAAGGCGAUCGAGCAGCGGCCCGGCCGAGCUGACCAGCUCCGGUUCUGGUGCGAGUACUGGAUUAUCCUAGUGCUCCUGGUCAUGUUCGACGAAAUUGCGGGCGUUCUGAUUUCCAAGGUUCCAAUGUACUACGAGGUCAGGCUUGCGUUCCUCGUGUACCUGUGGUACCCGAAGACAAGGGGAACGGACAUCGUGUACGAGACCUUCCUCCAGCCCCUGGUGAUGCAGUACCAGCCCAGCAUCGAGGCGAGGCUGCAGUACCUGCGCGCCAAUGCCGGUGACAUCCUUGUCUUCUACCUCAAGAACUUCACCGAGAGGGGCUACGACCUCUUCCUCCGGGUAAUGGACUACGUCCGGUCGCAGGCGUCCAGAGGAUCAAGAACAAGGAGUUUCUUCUCGUUCAGAGGGGACCGGGCUGAGAGGCCGAGCUUCACCGACGACUACGCAAUUGGUGGUGAGCGGAGGGACGGCGGGAGGCACCGGCGACCGCGCAGUGGCUACUAGCAGACCAAAAAUUAGCAAGGGGAUGCGUAGGGUGUGCACAGAAACUGGAACGAUUACUGGCAUAGGCUUAGGUAGGAACAAGCAAAUCAUUGUGAAGCAGAUUGAUUUGAAACACAGGUAGAUUAUUGACAAAACUUGUAGGUUUGACCACAAACAUAGAUCGCUUCUUGUAAAUAUUGGGUUUAGGUUGUCAGCAACAAUAUCUUCGCAUGCUUCUUGCAGUGGUGGCAUUCCAAUAGGAUUUACUGACAUAAA